ACAGUUACCGGCUAGUAAACAACAGCUGCGCGCGCAUCCGCAUCAGCUGGCGCCGGGAUACCGCACCUGCGACCUCCUUCUCCCUCAGCCCGCUGCUCAGGCCAGCUUGCGGGGCCGUCUCCUCUGCUGGGACCCGAAGGAAGAACGGCGAGGGGGUGACCUGCGCCGGGGCGGGGGUUGGGGAGAACGCGCCUCCGGCAAAGGGGGUGGCCCGUCCUGUCACACGCAGGAGAAACCUAGCGAGCGGACCGUAGCUCAGUGGACUAGCUACGACUUGCCACGACUCUGAGCUGCAGUCCGAGGUGUCUUGAUCCGCUAACCUCCUCCCAGACCCCGAGGACAUUUCUGCUAGGAGAAGAGCGGGCGCGCCACCGCCACCGACCUCUCGGAGACAGGAAUCCGCUCUGCCCCUGCAUCCUACUCUGCUCGCCCUUCUCUCAGUAGUGUGGGUUAUUUUUCCCGUUAUGCAUGCGCACUUUUCCCACCAGACCCAAGUGGAUUGUCGACAUCAAAAACACCGGGUGGCUUUGCAUACACCUCCCCUCAGCCAGACCUGUGGGGUAUUCACCUGAUACACAACAGGUGGCCGGGUGUACACCUUUUUGCAAUCUGAUCCACGCUGUAGUCGCCUGAUAAAGGUUGGCCUGCACGCACUUCGCUCAGCUAGAACCGUGGGACACUCCCCAGAUAAAGGACUACCUCGACGGGAACCUGGGGGCUGAGGGGAGGGAGGCUUCCUCUGCUGCCCAGAGACCAUGGCACUGAGCCUUCAGCCCCGGAUCAGAGGGGAUAGCUAGGUAGCUCUUCAUUCUGAAGGAAAGAAAUCACACAAGAUUGGCAUUGUUUUGUCUUUUUGUUUUUUGUUUUUUUCUCUCUUAAAAUACAAAUUCAUCUAUUGGUGAUGCACUUUCUAGGACAGUCGGCUUGAAUUCUGAGUAGAAGGAUUCUUAGUUGGGGUUUUUGGUGUGGUGUGAAUCAAGGUUAUUGAAAUGUGUUAUUUUUCAAGUUAUCUUUUGUAUUAUUGCAGUCAACAGUAGCUAACGUAAGAGGAAGAUUUUGCGAGGUUCCCCCCACUUUUUUGGUUCUUAAAACGAACAAAAUGCAUCCUCCAGAAACCACCACCAAGAUGGCUUCAGUUCGGUUCAUGGUGACACCGACAAAGAUCGAUGACAUUCCAGGUUUGUCAGACACCAGUCCGGACCUCAGCUCUCGAUCUAGUUCCCGAGUAAGAUUUAGCUCCCGGGAAAGUGUCCCUGAAACAAGCCGUAGUGAGCCUAUGAGUGAGAUGUCUGGGGCCACCACUUCGCUGGCAACUGUUGCACUGGAUCCACCCAGUGACCGGACUUCUCACCCCCAGGAUGUCACCGAGGACCCGAGUCAGCACUCCAUCACAGGGGAACACAGCCAACUGUUAGACGAUGGACAUAAAAAAGCUCGAAACGCUUAUCUCAAUAAUUCCAAUUAUGAAGAAGGAGAUGAAUAUUUUGAUAAAAAUUUGGCACUCUUUGAGGAAGAAAUGGACACCAGACCGAAGGUGUCCUCUCUCCUCAGCCGCAUGGCCAAUUACACUAAUCUGACUCAAGGAGCAAAGGAACAUGAAGAGGCAGAAAACAUCACUGAAGGGAAAAAGAAGCCCACCAAGACCCCCCAAAUGGGUACCUUCAUGGGUGUCUACCUCCCGUGUCUACAAAAUAUUUUUGGAGUGAUCCUUUUUUUACGCCUUACAUGGGUGGUGGGCACAGCUGGAGUUCUUCAGGCUUUUGCAAUUGUCCUUAUCUGCUGCUGCUGUACAAUGUUGACUGCUAUUUCCAUGAGUGCCAUUGCCACUAAUGGAGUGGUGCCAGCUGGGGGCUCAUACUUUAUGAUUUCCCGGGCACUGGGCCCAGAGUUUGGUGGGGCUGUUGGCCUCUGCUUUUAUCUUGGUACCACAUUUGCAGCAGCCAUGUACAUCCUUGGUGCCAUUGAAAUCUUUCUGGUCUAUAUCGUCCCCCGGGCUGCCAUCUUUCGCAGUGAUGAUGCACUCAAGGAAUCAGCAGCCAUGCUAAAUAACAUGCGUGUCUAUGGCACAGCUUUCUUGGUCCUUAUGGUAUUAGUGGUAUUUAUCGGCGUACGCUAUGUGAACAAGUUUGCCUCACUUUUCCUGGCCUGUGUCAUUGUGUCCAUCUUGGCCAUCUAUGCUGGAGCCAUCAAGUCUUCUUUUGCCCCUCCACACUUCCCGGUCUGCAUGCUGGGUAACCGCACCCUUUCAUCAAGACACAUUGACGUUUGCUCUAAAACCAAGGAAAUUAACAACAUGACAGUCCCAUCAAAGUUAUGGGGAUUCUUCUGUAACUCGAGUCAAUUUUUCAAUGUCACCUGUGAUGAAUACUUUGUUCACAAUAAUGUCACUUCAAUCCAGGGCAUUCCUGGAUUGGCUAGUGGUAUCAUUACAGAGAAUCUUUGGGGUAAUUACCUACCCAAGGGAGAGAUCAUUGAAAAGCCUUCAGCCAAAUCUUCUGAUGUCUUAGGCAGCUUAAACCAUGAAUAUGUUCUUGUUGACAUCACCACCUCCUUCACGCUUCUUGUGGGAAUCUUCUUUCCCUCUGUUACAGGUAUCAUGGCUGGAUCAAACAGAUCUGGAGAUCUGAAAGAUGCUCAGAAGUCUAUUCCCAUUGGUACUAUCCUUGCCAUCCUGACCACCUCCUUUGUCUAUUUAAGCAAUGUUGUCCUUUUUGGUGCAUGUAUUGAAGGGGUUGUUCUCAGAGACAAGUUCGGUGAUGCUGUGAAAGGUAAUUUGGUGGUGGGCACCUUAUCUUGGCCAUCCCCAUGGGUGAUUGUUAUUGGCUCCUUCUUUUCAACGUGUGGGGCUGGACUUCAGAGCCUCACAGGUGCACCGAGGCUGCUACAAGCUAUUGCCAAGGAUAACAUCAUACCAUUUCUGAGGGUUUUUGGCCACAGCAAAGCCAAUGGGGAGCCUACCUGGGCUUUACUUCUAACUGCUGCCAUUGCAGAGCUUGGAAUACUUAUUGCCUCCCUGGAUCUUGUGGCUCCAAUUCUUUCCAUGUUUUUUCUCAUGUGUUACCUCUUUGUAAACUUGGCAUGUGCCUUGCAAACAUUACUUCGAACACCCAACUGGAGACCCCGAUUCCGCUACUACCAUUGGGCCCUUUCUUUCAUGGGAAUGAGUAUCUGUCUGGCUCUGAUGUUCAUUUCUUCCUGGUAUUAUGCCAUUGUAGCCAUGGUAAUAGCUGGUAUGAUCUACAAGUACAUUGAGUACCAAGGAGCGGAGAAAGAAUGGGGUGAUGGUAUCCGUGGGCUGUCCCUCAGUGCAGCCCGGUUUGCUUUGCUUCGGUUGGAGGAAGGACCUCCACACACUAAAAACUGGAGGCCUCAGUUGCUUGUAUUACUGAAACUAGAUGAAGACUUACAUGUCAAGCAUCCUCGCCUCCUCACCUUUGCCUCACAGCUCAAAGCAGGAAAAGGUCUCACUAUUGUGGGCUCUGUCAUCGUGGGGAACUUUCUAGAGAACUACGGUGAAGCUUUAGCUGCUGAGCAGACCAUAAAGCACCUAAUGGAGGCAGAGAAGGUAAAAGGAUUCUGCCAGCUGGUGGUGGCCGCCAAGCUGAGAGAGGGCAUUUCCCACCUUAUCCAGUCAUGUGGCCUUGGGGGCAUGAAGCACAACACAGUGGUGAUGGGCUGGCCUAAUGGCUGGCGUCAAAGUGAAGAUGCCCGCGCUUGGAAGACUUUUAUUGGCACAGUUCGAGUGACAACUGCUGCCCAUCUCGCACUGCUGGUGGCUAAAAACAUCUCCUUCUUUCCCAGCAAUGUGGAGCAAUUUUCUGAGGGCAACAUUGAUGUGUGGUGGAUUGUGCAUGAUGGGGGGAUGCUCAUGCUACUGCCAUUCCUGCUGAAACAGCACAAGGUGUGGCGAAAGUGCAGCAUACGGAUCUUCACAGUAGCCCAAUUAGAAGACAACAGUAUCCAAAUGAAGAAGGACCUAGCCACCUUCCUGUAUCACUUGCGCAUUGAGGCGGAGGUAGAAGUGGUGGAGAUGCAUGACAGUGAUAUAUCAGCAUACACUUAUGAGCGCACUUUAAUGAUGGAGCAGAGGUCCCAGAUGCUCCGGCACAUGCGGCUCUCCAAAACAGAGCGGGACAGAGAGGCACAGUUGGUGAAAGACCGAAACUCAAUGCUACGAUUGACCAGCAUUGGCUCUGAUGAGGAUGAAGAGACAGAAACCUAUCAGGAGAAGGUGCACAUGACUUGGACAAAAGAUAAGUACAUGGCAUCCCGGGGACAAAAAGCCAAGUCAAUGGAAGGAUUCCAGGACCUGCUUAACAUGCGUCCGGACCAGUCCAAUGUGAGGCGGAUGCAUACAGCAGUGAAACUCAACGAGGUUAUAGUUAACAAGUCCCAUGAAGCAAAGCUGGUUUUAUUGAAUAUGCCAGGGCCACCCCGAAACCCUGAGGGUGAUGAAAACUACAUGGAGUUCCUAGAGGUGCUUACCGAGGGACUAGAGCGAGUCCUACUUGUCCGGGGUGGUGGCAGUGAAGUGAUCACCAUUUAUUCAUAACCUACUCUGAAUGACUGUGCUUGGCCUGUUUUCUUAAAAGGCCUACAUCCUCCAUGGAAGUGCCAGCUCAUUACUACCACUCCUACUCAACUAGAAGCCUGUGUUCUGUACACAUCAUACUGAACUCUUGAUGAGCUGAGCCUCAAGUACCUGUGUAAAAGAGCUCCCAUCUGAUCUGCAGUCCUUACAGAAAAAGCAAAUAUUCCUUCAACUCAGAACAAUGUUCAAGUCUUACGAGCCACGUCUGAGCAAUCAAAGGCAAAUUAGAAUUAACAAGCUGAGCCAAUAAAUGAAUUGGUAAAAGGGAUACCAGAAAUUCAACUGAAGAAAAAAAGCAAGUCAAGUAAGUAUUCAGCAUUAAAGAUGAAUCUCAGAAGUCAUGGUCCAAUGAUGACACCGUGGGGAUAAAACAACUAGAGACAGCUUCACCUUACUAAAGAAUUUAUGGUCAAGUAUAUUUGGACCUAUUAUCCUCGGCAAGCCAAGAUGCAAACCCUUUUUAGCUAUAUUUCUUUAGUAUACCCACUGCUCUAACUUUAUAUUAGGAUACCAACUUGAAACAUGGCUGUAGCCUCUACUUCUUCAAAAACAUUCCCCCAAAAUACCAGAUUUAAGUAUCCAUACUGUGUCAGUGUAUACUUCAACUGUUUAUUUCUCUUAACUCAAAACCCAUUCUGUCAUUGUAACACAGGCAAUGUUACCAUGGAAAUUGUUUUUGGUAAGGUAAAAAUUAUUUCUUUCAGGUUCUUUUCAAAUGGCCAAA